AUGCCCACGUAUGCCGGACCUCCCGCUGGAUACUGGCCCUUCAGACGCCCCUACAACAGAAGACUUCCGCCACUAUUUCUCGUGAGGUCCAAGCAGAUCCGCGAAGAGUUUGGCGGCUACAUCUUCGCCCAGCGCCACAUUUUGUUGGUUUCUUUGACGAAGCAAGGUCUUGCAGGUCUAUUCCAUUUUAUUGGCUUCGUCAACUGCAAACGCCUUGUGGGGAACGACGACGCCUGCUUGCAAGUUUGGCACAAUGUACCUAUUUCCGUCGAUCGACGUCCGACCCUCACAUUCUACCACGCUCUCUCUUGGGCCGAUGUGUCCGCCUUGGUGGAUGGCGAGGCUCUUUGGAAAUGUGGACGUCCUGAGGAAGUUAAGGAAGACUGA